CCUCUAUUGAAGCUCUAUUCACAACCAUUUGAUAUUCCAAAAAAUUGAAGUGUCGUUUAUUGUACCUAUUGAAACAACCUGCGAGAUAUAAACGUUUUGCGUUAUGCUUUCCGAUGUCCGGUUUAGGACAUUCUACCUGCGUUAAAUUAGUCGAUCAGAGUGCAAAACCAAUGUUCGAAAAGAUAUUUAAUUGUUCACACUCAUGUUCUUCAUAUUCAGUCAAGAGAAUCUUAUCUGCAGCGGAGAAACGUAGUCGAUAUUUCCGUCGACUAUUUCUAGUUCGACACAUGGAUUUUGAGUAUGCUUUAUGGCAGAUGUGGCAACUCUUCGUUGGACCUCAGCGUGUGUUCAGAAAUUUCAAUUACCGUAAAUGUUCGCGACAACAGUGGGCCAGAGAUGAUCCGGCUUUUUUAGUUUUGAUGAUGAUUUUCCUAAUCUUUACUUCUCUGGGGUUCGCCAUUUGCAUGUCAUUAAAUAUGAUUCAAUCAGUUCAAUUCGUCUUAUGGACCGUAUUUUUCGACUUUAUUGCAAUUAGUCUCCUACAGGCAACAUUCUUUUGGAUUAUUACAAAUCGAUUUUUCGUUAAUUCGUCUAGAAAUCGUUCACAGCUCAACGCAUUGGGAUCUGGCGUUGAAACUAAACCGGAAGUUGAAUGGGGAUAUGCAUUCGAUGUUCAUUUAAAUGGAUUUUUCCCAGCUCUGUGCAUUUUGCACUUAAUACAAUUACCUUUCCUGUAUAUUAUUCUCCAAAAUUGGUUUAUUGGAAGGUUACUGGGUAAUACUUUUUGGCUAAUGAGUUUCACCUAUUACACUUACAUCACAUUCUUGGGUUACCGUACUUUACCAUUUCUCAAACGUACAACAAUUUUAUUAUGGCCAAUAACAGGUGCUUUAGUCAUUUAUGCGGUAUCACUUAUCAUGAAAUGGAAUUUCACACUAUUUUUAUGCCAUUUUUAUCAAUUUCGUUUAUCAUAAAUAAAUGAUAAUUGCAAACUGUAAUUGUAAACUGUGAUAAAAAAAAGAUUGUAAAGGAAUAUUUUGUUUUGUUUUGUUUGUUUAAUUUUCAUUGUAAAUAUUUUGUCUUCCUUAAAAAAAAAGUGACGAGCUCUUAGUUUCAGUUAUUUUUAAUUCUUUGCUUUAUGAUUAUAUAUAUAUCUACUACAUAUAUAGAUAAUAGUUGUUUGUUAAGUUAAAUAAUGAUGAUUAUUCACAUAUAUCUAACUCGAUACUUCUCGUGUAAUAUUGAUUAAAAUUUUUUAAAAUGGCCAAGAUAUUGAAUUACAGAAAAAAAGAAAUACUUAUUAAUGACCAUACA